UAUGUGUGUGAGCGAGUGUGUGUUGAACUGAGCGGAGGUGAAGAAGAGGAGGAUGAAGCUGGGAGCGGAGGAUGGGAGGAAGAGUGGAGUAAGAGACAGGCUAGCUGUGUGUGUGAAUGAGUGAGUGAGUGAGGAAGAGGAAGAGUAGAGGAAGGUCGUUUGAGGGACCGAAAACAAAGACGGUCGUUUUUUGGGAUCACCUCCGGAACAUUAACGUUACUAACGGAAACUUUCAACUUUUUACCCGCCACAGCUCGGCUUGUUGUGCCCGGAGCCGGCUUUGUUUCACGGCGGGGGUGUCUGCGAUAAAUGAAGGAAUAAAAUAGAUCCACAUCGACAUUUUUACGCAAGUGGGGAUAUCCCUGGGACUGUGUUUGAUAAGGGUUACGAGAGAAUGGCGGCCAACAUGUAUCGAGUGGGAGAUUACGUGUACUUUGAGAAUUCCUCCAGUAACCCCUACCUGAUUCGCAGAAUAGAAGAGCUCAACAAGACGGCCAAUGGGAAUGUGGAGGCGAAGGUGGUGUGUCUGUUCAGGAGGCGAGACAUCUCAGGCAACCUCAACACUCUGGCUGACAGCAAUGCAAGAGAUUUUGAGGAGGAGUCAAAGCAGCCAGCAGUGUCAGAACAACAGAAGCACCAGCUCAAACACAGAGAACUCUUCCUCUCUCGACAGUUUGAAUCUCUACCUGCUACUCACAUACGGGGGAAAUGCAACGUCACCCUCCUCAAUGAAACGGACGUCCUUGCCAGCUACCUGGAGAAAGAGGACUGUUUCUUCUACUCGUUGGUGUUUGACCCUGUCCAGAAGACCCUGCUGGCAGACCAGGGCGAGAUCCGGGUGGGAUCUAAGUACCAGGCUGAGAUCCCGGACAAACUAGCUGAAGGUGAAACAGACACUCGUGUCCAGGAGAAGUUGGAGACCAAAGUGUGGGACCCUGACAACCAGCUCAAAGACCCUCAAAUCGACCAGUUCCUGGUGGUGGCACGAGCUGUGGGGACGUUUGCCCGGGCCUUAGACUGCAGCAGCUCUAUCCGCCAGCCCAGCCUCCAUAUGAGCGCCGCUGCAGCCUCCAGAGACAUCACACUGUUCCAUGCAAUGGACACAUUGCAGAAAAACAACUAUGACCUGGCCAAGGCCAUGUCCACCCUGGUGCCUCAGGGGGGGCCGGUGCUCUGCCGUGAUGAGAUGGAGGAGUGGAGCGCCUCAGAAGCUAUGCUGUUUGAGGAGGCCCUGGAGAAAUACGGCAAAGACUUCAAUGAUAUCCGCCAGGACUUUUUACCCUGGAAGUCUCUAGCCAGUGUGGUGCAGUUCUACUACAUGUGGAAGACUACCGACCGCUACAUCCAGCAGAAACGACUAAAAGCAGCAGAAGCAGACAGCAAGCUCAAGCAAGUGUACAUCCCCACCUACACCAAACCCAACCCUAAUCAGAUCAUGGCACCAGGUAGCAAGCCUGGUAUGAAUGGGGCAGCGGGCUUCCAGAAAGGCCUCAGCUGUGAGAGCUGCCAUACGGCUCAGUCACCUCAGUGGUAUGCCUGGGGGCCUCCCAACAUGCAGUGCAGACUGUGCGCCUCCUGCUGGAUCUACUGGAAGAAAUAUGGAGGCCUGAAAACCCCCACACAGCUAGAGGGUGCCGCCAGAACUGGCUCUGAGUCGGGCCCUCGUGGUCACAUGACACGCCAGGAGGCCCAAGGCCUCUCGCCGUUCACCCGCAAUGAGGGCCGAGCCAAGCUGCUAGCAAAGAACCGCCAGACAUUCAUCCUGCAGACCACCAAGUUGACCCGCAUUGCCCGGCGAGUGUGUGAGGACAUCCUCCAGCCGCGUCGUGCCGCACGACGGCCCUACGCCUCCAUCAACGCCAAUGCUGUCAAGGCUGAGUGUAUGAUCAGGCUGCCUAAAGCCACAAAGACUCCUAUAAAGAACAGGACAGUGCCUCGGCAGUCACUGGCCACCAUUGUGAAGGAUUUAGCCAUUUCAGCUCCUCUGAAGCUGAAGGCUCAACGUGGAGCCCCGACACCCAUCAACCGUAACCAGGCGACUCAGCCUCGUGGGGGCUCAAGCAUGCUGGGGAAGAGGCCCUUUGACAGCGCUGCUCCGGGGCUGUUCUCAGCCAAUGGGAGACCAUUUUCAUCAGGCUUGAGGACCACCUCUCAGUCUGUCAUCAAGCGGCAGAAAGUCAACCAGGGAGAUGCACCCAACCCUGUGGUGUUUGUGGCCACGAAAGACACCAGGGCUCUGAGGAAACAUCUGACCCAGUCAGAGAUGCGGCGGGCGGCCAGGAAACCUCACCUCCUGGUCCGGAUCAAGCUGCCACCGCCCCCCCGCACGCUGGCCAUGCCCCUGCUGCCUUCCAGCACCAGUGAGCCCAUUGUCCUGGAGGACUGAUGGGGGCACCCACAGGCAGCAGGGGGGGUCUUGUAACAGGACAUGGAGGCGGGGGAGGUCUGUGCUCAGGCCAUCACUUACCAGACAGCGCAGCACGCCAUACCAGUAGUCUUUUUUUUUCUCUCUUUCUCUCUUUUCAGUGUAAUUUUUUAAAGUCUUGUGUUACUCCCCAAAAGGUGACGUGUCCAACAUACACACACACACACGCACACACACACACACACACACACACACACACACACACACACACACACACACACACACAAGCACUUAGAUAAAUGUACAUUCACAUCACAUUAAAUGAACAUGCAAACACUCAUGGACAUCAACACCCACUCACACAACACUUUGGGCGGCGUCAUAUUUUAUACCAGAUCCUGAAUUAUUUUGCUCCCCUUUUUAACGGCGACUAUUUUUAAAUGUGUAACUUAAAUCAAGAUGUUCCUCAUCCUAAAAUGACGAUGAUAAAGCACACUUUAUUUUUACUCCAGGUCUCUUCGUUUGUGUAAAUAUUUUGCAUCAUUCAAGGGGUGACACCUAUUUGUUGAGUGUGUGUGAGUGCGUGAGUGAGUAUGUGAGAGUGUGUGUGUGUGUGUGUAUAGUGGAGGUAGGGGGAUAGAAAUGGGAGAGCUGUAGCAGGCGCUGCGUUUAUUUUUGGCAUAUUUGUUUAUUGGAAAAGGUCUAUUUUGAUGAAGACGUCCCAUGCUCCGUUAUGAAGUUGUUCUUACUGGGUGUCACUUACUAUGAGUGUGUUUGCGAGUGUGUGUUCACACUGCGAGCAACUUGCGCAGUAGGUCUUUUUGUUCUGCAGUUACAAAGUCUUAAACAAGCAGAUAUACUUCGGUAUUACGUUCCAUAAUGUCACAUUGUUUUGUUGAUUUAGCAUAAGUAGCUAGCAAACACCGAUUAGGUAGGUUUUGUGACAAAUAAACAUGUAUAAACCCCAACAAUGGAUGCAAGCAUUUUCCCAGCAUCAUUUUUCUAUGUUAGUUCUUGUAGUCUAAAGAAAAAAAAACCUGUAGACAAGUGGGAAGAUUUGAGUGUGAAAAGUUCAGCUAGCCAACAAGUUUUAUUUACUUUCCAUAUAUUGGUCAGGUUGCCCCGGUUGCUCAGGCCUAAAGGAAGUGAAUGGAGUUCCACCAACUUGCUCGCAGUGUGAACAGACAGUGUGUUCAGUCCAUGAGUCUCCUUACUUUCUACCUUUUUGCAACUUGUCGGCUUUCCCUGUCUCUCCUGCGCCCCUCUCUGCAUCCCCACCCAAGCUCGAGCCUGACAAAAACAACAGGAGAGGCUUCGAUAACAAGGAAAUAAUUACGAACCCCCACCCACCCGCCCAUCUGCGCCUUCUCCACAACCCUCAACAAACUCCCCCUCCCUCCCACCACACCACUUCCCCCCAGGUGUCACUGAAGUGUUUGUCUAACUCUGUUUACUAAGUCAAUUGUCGUCGCAAUCAAGCAGUCUCGUCUCUUGUCUCCCGUCACUUGAUUGCCACACUUUUUAUAGCCAUUUUUCGCCCGUUGCGGAGAGAAAGAAGCGCUCUGGCUCCUGCUCUGUCGGUCUCACCCCGAGCAUUCAGACGGGUAGUUUGUCCUUAAGUCAAGUACCACGGCCUUGAAUCAAAGGGAAGAGUUGCCGAAACAGGGUCUCCAGGUUCACAGGGCAGGAAGGAUCAUCACGUGUUGAGGAAAUUGAAAUGAUUGUGUGGUUACCACGGAUCUAAUAUGCAUGAGUUCCAGCGUGUGACUUGACAUGCAGAGUGAAUACAUUUGGCUUUGAGGUACUACUUUGUGAGAGACGCUGCCGAAAUCCAAAUCAAGCCAUAAUGUAUAAGUGUAAAACUCCAUUCUGUGUGGCACCCUUACCUGUAAGGUAAUGCUAGAUUGUCCCUUAAGGCCACAGCAUUUAUGACAAUGUACUGUUUGGCUGUUGGUUUGAAUGAAACUGGUGAAAACGAUGUUACUGGUCGAUUGACAGAUUUCUGUUAAUAAAACAGCAAUAUGUAAUGUCUGACGUAGGUGCAGAAGUCCUGUUUUUUUGAUUGUGAUGAUGAGUAUGAUGAUGAUGCGAAAGGAAUCUCCAGCUAUGUCUCAACUUGUGGGUUCAUUUGCUUUGAUUCUUUGUUUUCCCCCUUUGAAUUGUUAUGAAAGGGUGAGUGCAUAAAAUCAGUGGUUAAUUGGAUAAUUAUAGUUCCUCUGUAUCCCUCAGCCUGUAAGGGGUUACAUUGGAUUUAUAAGCAAGUUUGGUCCCAAUGUGGGCUUUUGUAAUGUUUCUAUAAAAAGGAAAAAAAAGAAAUCAAAGUGUUAAAUUCGUAGCAAAUACUAAUCUGAGUUUAAAAAAAAAAAAAAGUGGAAAAACUGGCAUAUUGGAAACAUCUGUGUUUUGUUUUUUUGUUUUGUUUUUUUACAUAAAAUCUGAAUCGUGUAAUUCCUCCUCCAUUAUUAUGGAGAGGGUUAAAAUACUGUACUUGUGCAACGUUACUCUCCAUCAUAGGGUCGGGGUGGGCUGGUGAUUUGAACCAUGGGCAACAUUCAGGAGGAGAGGGAUUUGAAUUUUGUAUGUUGGAGAGACAAACAUGCUACAAUUAAAAACUUUUUUUCUCAAGUGUUUUUUAUUCCAAUGUCUGUAUCCUUUAAUGUAUCUUGAUAAGAAAAGAAAUAAAGAUUUUUUUUUUCUUUGUGGUCA